CCUCUGUUUAUAGCUGUGCUAGACUGGCAGUGGUAUAAGACACGUACCUUACUAGCCUACUGGCCUGGCCCCUUCAACCUCCCCAACUUCCCUUCGCUAGACCAGGAAUAACGCAAGAUGGAAGUUUCUAGGUUGGAUCGGAGGGGUGGAUCGGGGAAGUGCUAUGCCUGUAUGAUGAUGGGGAAAAAAUGCGUCAGGCUGCCCAAUGUCGUCUCCUGCCAUCAAUGUGCUCGAUACCAUAUCGCUUGUCCGGGACGUAGACCCCUUCCGACUCAAGAUGAAUGGACGCUUGAUGAAGUCCGUAACGAAGUCAGAUCGUGGAUGGCAAGCCGACCAAAGCGAGAGAACGCCGCGAUAUUAAAUUUGGCAGAGAUUUUCCAGCGAUAUGAGCCCCCCCGCCCCUUACCUGCUGACCCGUCGCCCACCGACCAUCUUCCCACUGACCGUUCCGUCCUCUCUGGGCUACAAGCCAAGUUUCGGGCCCCCAGCCCUUUGCAUGCCGACCUUCCACCAAACCAGGACAACAAUCCUCAAAAAUCUUGUACCUCUUCAUCUCGGAGGAGCGCGGGUCGGGUUCUCGGCGGCUAUGAAAGAGGUUUGGCCAGAAAUCCCCUUGCGACUCUUCCCCAGCCCUCUACAUAUCAUCCAACCGAAAGUCGUGUCGAUCCUGUAGUUGAGGAGGGUAUUAAUUGCCCUGAUCUCACCCCAUAUAUCUCCAUAGUGCGCCAAGUUGCCGUAGGAGGAUACUCGCUUGUGUACCAAGCCGAAUGGGAGCGUGAUUCGCCAGACAUUCGGUCCCAGGUCAGCGAACAUCUCCCCCAAGCAACCGAUUCGGAAUACACGAGUCAGGAAGUCGCCGUGAAAUUGCUCCACGUGUCGGAUACAAAAGAUUUGGACCCCGAGACGAAAAGCUGGAAGCAUCUGAGACGAGAGAUACGAGUAUGGUCACGUCUAAUGCACGUCAAUGUUGUUCCGCUGCUCGGCUAUGUGCAUUAUCAAAAUGGCCAGCUUGGCUUCGUCUCUCCAUGGUAUCCAGAAGGGAAUGUAAUCGACUUCAUCAAGAAUCAUCCUGAUGCUAAUAGAGACAUGAUCUGUGCCGAUGUAGCAUCAGGAUUGGAACAUCUCCAUUCACAAAACCCAUCGAUCGUGCAUGGAGAUAUCAAGGGACACAAUAUUCUGAUCACUUCGGAUGGACAUGCUUUGAUCUGUGAUUUCGGCCUGUCGAGGAUUUUGGACGACAACCCUACUGGACUUACAUCUACAGUGGUUGGAAUGACCCUUCGCUUCUCAGCUCCAGAGUUACUACAUAGUGAAAGGAAGACAGUGGAAACCGACGUUUACGCUUAUGGGUGUGCUUGCAUUGAGAUCUUACUAGAGAAGAUGCCGUAUGAAGGUAUCCGCCACGAAGGGCCCCUCGUAAUGGCGAUUGAAAAUGGCACUCCGCCUAUCUCUCCCCAACAACUUAAAGAGUGUAACUCACUCCUUCCACUUCGUAUGUUAAGUAGAUGUUGGAAGAAGGAACCGUCCAGACGACCACGGGCUGAAGAAUUGGCCGAAGCAUUUCGAGGCGCGUUCGUGAGCCAUGCAAGAACUCGUGCACGUCUUGAUGAUCGGCUGCAGGGGUGAAGCUCAUGAUCGUUAUAUUUUGCCUCUCAUAUCAUUUCCCUC